AUCAUGUCCAAGGGACCAGCAGUUGGCAUUGACCUGGGCACUACCUACUCCUGCGUAGGAGUGUUUCAGCACGGCAAAGUGGAAAUCAUUGCAAAUGACCAAGGAAACAGGACCACGCCCAGUUAUGUAGCCUUCACCGACACUGAGAGGCUGAUUGGGGAUGCAGCCAAGAAUCAGGUGGCGCUGAACCCCAACAACACAGUAUUUGAUGCAAAGCGCCUUAUUGGACGUCGGUUUGAUGACAGCGUUGUCCAGUCAGACAUGAAACACUGGCCCUUUACAGUCAUUAAUGAUGCUUCACGCCCCAAAGUAAAAGUGGAGUACAAGGGCGAGACCAAGACCUUCUACCCAGAGGAGAUUUCCUCAAUGGUGCUGCUUAAAAUGAAGGAGAUUGCAGAGGCUUACCUUGGCAAGACUGUAACAAAUGCUGUAGUGACUGUGCCUGCCUACUUCAAUGACUCUCAGCGCCAGGCUACUAAAGAUGCUGGGACCAUUUCUGGACUUAACGUGCUUCGUAUCAUCAAUGAGCCGACUGCUGCUGCUAUUGCUUAUGGCCUGGACAAAAAGGUUGGAUCUGAAAGAAACGUCCUCAUCUUUGACCUGGGCGGCGGCACAUUUGAUGUCUCUAUCUUGACCAUUGAAGACGGCAUCUUUGAGGUGAAGUCCACAGCAGGCGACACACACUUGGGUGGAGAGGACUUUGAUAACCGCAUGGUCAACCACUUCAUCUCCGAGUUCAAACGCAAGUACAAGAAAGACAUCAGCGACAACAAGAGGGCGGUGCGUCGUCUGCGCACGGCUUGUGAGAGGGCCAAGCGCACCCUGUCGUCCAGCACCCAGGCCAGCAUUGAAAUCGAUUCUCUGUACGAGGGCAUCGAUUUCUACACCUCGAUCACUAGAGCCCGGUUUGAGGAGCUGAAUGCAGACCUGUUCCGAGGAACCCUGGAGCCUGUGGAAAAGGCUCUACGUGAUGCGAAGAUGGACAAGGCUCAAAUCCACGACAUUGUGUUGGUGGGAGGCUCCACUCGUAUCCCUAAGAUUCAGAAGCUUCUGCAGGACUUUUUCAAUGGGAAGGACCUCAAUAAGAGCAUUAACCCUGACGAAGCAGUGGCCUAUGGUGCAGCUGUGCAAGCAGCCAUCCUGUCAGGCGACAAAUCUGAGAAUGUGCAGGACCUGCUGCUGCUCGAUGUGACCCCCUUGUCUCUGGGCAUUGAGACUGCUGGAGGAGUCAUGACUGUUCUCAUUAAGAGGAACACCACCAUCCCCACAAAGCAGACCCAGACUUUUACCACCUAUUCAGACAACCAGCCCGGUGUGCUCAUUCAGGUGUUUGAGGGCGAAAGGGCCAUGACCAAAGACAACAACCUUCUGGGGAAAUUUGAGCUGACUGGAAUCCCCCCUGCUCCCCGAGGGGUUCCUCAGAUUGAGGUGACCUUCGAUAUCGACGCCAACGGCAUCAUGAACGUGUCUGCGGUCGACAAGAGCACUGGGAAGGAGAACAAGAUCACGAUCACCAACGACAAAGGUCGCCUGAGCAAGGAGGAUAUUGAGCGUAUGGUCCAGGAAGCAGAAAAGUACAAGGCUGAGGAUGAUGUGCAGAGGGAGAAGGUGGCUGCCAAGAAUGGUCUGGAGUCUUACGCCUUCAACAUGAAGUCUACCGUGGAGGAUGACAAACUGAAGGGCAAGAUCAGUGACGAGGACAAACAGAAGAUUCUGGACAAGUGUAACGAGGUCAUCAGCUGGCUCGAUAGAAACCAGUCUGCAGAAAAAGAUGAGUUUGAGCACCAGCAGAAGGAGCUGGAGAAGGUGUGUAACCCCAUCAUGACCAGGCUGUACCAGAGUGCGGGGGGGGUGCCAGGGGGAUGCCAGGAGGGAUGCCGGGCGGUUUCCCUGGAGCUGGUGGUGCUCCUGGAGGAGGGGCUUCAUCUGGCCCCACCAUCGAGGAGGUCGACUAAACUAGAGGUUGACCAGACUUGCAUGAGCUUGUUCUAUUUCCUCUUUCGAGGUGAGGAACUUACAGGAGAUGAAGAAGAGGAUGCCGGCUGCAAAUGUCUUGUCAAACCCGUCAAAGGAAGAGUAGUGGAUGAAGGCCAUAACGCCGAUCACAAUGCCGAUGAAACAAGCCAGCAGGGAAAGAAUCAUGAAGGCCCGGGUGGCAUCCCAGUACGCUGUGGGCACGUGGUAUAAAUGAUGAAGAAUCUGCACUCACUACAUUCUACUUUUAACGACUUCCCAUCCCUCAUAAUAACUGUGGAAAGAAAAACUCUGGGUUCAUCCAUCAAUUUUACACUUGGUCUCAUAUUUUCAUGUCCCCAUCAUUUAAUUGGCACAGCCAAAGGGAAUUCAUUUAAUAACAGAUGAAAAACUGCUCAGUCAUUUAUAGAAGAAAACACAUGUAACGGUGAACUUGAGCGCAGCCAACAGCAUAAAUACACAGGACACGGUGCAUACGGCUAACUUGACAGAGCAGAGUACGAUGAGCUGGCAGGUGGGUGACUGAUAGAGUCGUGGGUUUGUAGAGUUUGGGUGAAGAAGCUCCAAUAAAAGUGAUUUAUCUUUGUUGUAGCCUCUUGUAGGAGAGUAGGAGUUAAAAGAGAGAGAUGUGGCUGAUAAAUUUGUAUUUCAUUUGCUCUUAGAAGAGUCGCGGGGGAAAAGUAGAAGAGUUUUGAAUUAGAGACCAGAUCAAAGCCAUCGAUACAUUCAAUUAGGAAGAGUUUAGAAUAAAUCAGAAUUAGCACUAGACCUGAUUUACCUGAUUUAGGAGCAGAGUAACUACAAAAAAUUAGAUUACAAUUCAAUCAUAAUACAAUUUUAGUUCCUCUGAAGCUUUUUGACCAGCGUUGAGAAAACAUUCAUAACUGCCAAUUACUUUUUUUUUUAGACCAGUUCAUGUUCAUAUGUGUUGAUGUACAGUUACCCUUUUUCAGAGCAGACGUUUUGACAUGUCACAGUAGGAAAUGCACAAGGCUUCAUUUCACAGAAUACCGUGCAGCCGCCUCCGUUUCAGGGCCCUGGUGUUGUGCACGCUGGCUCGCUGUAACACUGUUGAGGCUCACCGCGGCAGUUAGAUGCAGCCACUGGCCAGUUCAUUAAGGGGUCAAAGCUGUACAGACGCAGUGGGAACACAAUCCAGUAUGCCUUAAAUAUGUAUUGCUGAUUUAUUUCAGUUCAUUUAAGAAGGCAUUUAUUCGUAAUGCAGUUUGUUCUGGGGUUGUAUUUGAAGGUGAAAGGUCAUAUUUAUACUAUUUUAUUGUGUAUGUUCUUAUCUAGAGGAUAAAAAAAAUAUGUAUGGAAAAACUGCGCAAAAAUUUGAAUUAAAACUGUAAAAGUGAAAACUGGAUAUUUUGGUUGGAGGCCUGGAUUUGUUUACCACUGGCUCUGUGACAUCAUCGGCCAAAUUAACGCAACCGACCAAUCAGCUGACACACUUGCUAUUAUCCCCUUGUGAGGCACAUGGAGUCACUGGGGGUCACAGGUAUCAUGCUUGUCUCGGUUAU